AUGUAUAGAUUUUCAGACUUCCAGCGCAAAACGUCUUCAUUUUAUAGGACGCACUUUCAUGAAAUACUAAACAUAGGUUCUCAAAAUUCAUUUCUACAAAUCAUACUCCCAGAGAAACUCCAAGGAAAUACAAGUGAUAAUUCAGAAGACCAGAUAUCCUAUAUUCUUCCAAUAGACGAGAAACCAUAUACUGUGCACCUAAAGCCAAGAUAUUUUUUAGGAGAGAAUUUUAUGGUUUAUUUGUAUAAUCAAGGAUCUCUCAGUUCCUAUUCUUCAGAUAUUCAGCCUCAGUGUUACUAUCAAGGGUACAUCCAAGGACAGCCACGUUCUGUUGCCGUGCUCCGCACCUGCUCUGGACUGAGGGGAAUACUGCAGUUUGAAAAUGUUUCUUAUGGAAUUGAGCCGCUGGAAUCUACAGCUGAAUUUCAGCAUCUACUUUAUAAGUUAGGGAAUGGAACCAAUGAACUUGGACCCUUUAAGACAAGUAACAGAAACAGAGAAAAACAGCCAAUGGACUAUAGCAUUUUUAUAAAUGAAGAAGAGUCACAUGCUCCAGACCUGUUUCCUCUUUAUCUAGAAAUGCAUAUUGUGGUGGACAAAGCUUUGUAUGAUUACUGGGGCUCUGAUAGCAUGGCCAUAACAAACAAAGUCAUUGAAAUGAUCAACCUUAUAAAUUCAUUGCUUACACAACUUAAAGUGACUGUUGUGUUGUCAUCAUUGGAGAUGUGGUCAGAUAAAAAUAAGAUUUCUACAGAUGGUGAGGCACGCGAAUUAUUGCAAAAGUUUUUAGAAUGGAAGCAGUCCUAUUUUACCCUAAGGCCUCAUGAUGUUGCAUACCUAUUCAUUUAUAGAGAUUAUCCAGAUUAUGUGGGAGCAACAUUUCCUGGAAAGAUGUGUGUUACCCGUUAUUCUGCAGGAGUUGCACUGUAUUCCAAGGACAUAACUUUGGAAGCAUUUUCAGUUAUUUUCGUUCAGAUGCUGGGACUCAGUCUAGGAAUAGGAUAUGAUGAUCCAACAAAAUGUCAGUGUUCAGAAGCCAUCUGUAUAAUGAAUCCAGAAUCUAUACAAUUCAGCGGUGUGAAGACUUUUAGCAAUUGCAGUUUGAAUGACUUUAGAAGUUUCAUUUCAAAUGUGGGUGCCAGAUGUCUUCAGAAUAAACCACAGAUGCAAAGAAAUCCAAGGCCACGCUGUGGAAAUGGCAAAGUGGAGGGAAAUGAAGUAUGUGACUGUGGUACUGCAGAACAAUGUGGACCUCAGGCCUGUUGUGAUCAUACAAAGUGUGUGCUGAAACCAGAAUCACAGUGUGAUACUGGACCAUGCUGCAGGCAGUGUAAAUUUUUACAAGCAGGUGCUAUCUGCAGAUCCAUUCAGCAUCCUGAAUGUGAUAUUCCUGAGUACUGUAAUGGAAGUUCACAUCACUGUGGACCUGACAUAUUUAUAAAAAAUGGACAUAAGUGCAAAAAUAAUUCAUAUAUUUGUUAUAAUGGAGACUGCCAUGAUCUUAAUGCACGUUGUGAGAGCUAUUUUGGAAAAGGUUCAAAAAAUGCUCCAUUUGCUUGCUAUGAAGAAGUAAAUUCUCAAGUAGACAGUUUUGGGAACUGUGGGAGGGAUCGAUCCAACCGAUAUGUGCUCUGUGGCUGGAGGAACCUCAUAUGUGGAAGAUUAAUUUGUACUUAUCCAUUUCGAACUCCUUAUAUUCAGCAAAGCAUUUCUGUAACUUACAUUUAUGUACGAGAUAAUGUAUGUAUCAGUAUAGUCAACACUUCAAGUCCUAGAGGCCAGGAUCCAUUUGUGGUGAGAAGUGGUGCUGAAUGUGAUCUUGGCAGGGUUUGUGUAAACGGCCAAUGUGUAGAAUCAAGACUGAUUAAGGACGCGUCAUCUGCAUGUUCAGCAAAGUGCUCCGGCCAUGGGGUGUGCAAUUCCCAAGAUGAAUGCAACUGUACUGAUGGCUACCUGCCUCCAAACUGCCAAGCACAAUCCAGGGGAUGGUCUGGAGAAGAAGGUUUAAUCAUCACAAAAGCUUCAGGGAAGGCUAACAAAAACUGGCUUCUAAGUUUCUACGUUGGCUUGCCUAUUCUUGCCAUAGUAACUGUAAUAGUUAUGACAUGGAACAGUUUGAAAAAGUGGUUCACCAAGGGUGAGGAAUCUUUACACAGCGAAUACAAAUCAGAAGGCAGCACUAACACAUAUGUCAGCAGGUCCACACCAGAAGGUAGUACCCAAGCAUAUGCCAGCAGUAACUAGGAAUCCCUUCAGAAGGCAGAAGAUACUACCAAGGUCUCCGUGAGAACUGAAGACAGCACCUUUCCUCUCUUGGUCACAACUGAAGCAAUCAAUAAACUGAGUGUGGACCAUUUUUCAUGCUGGUGGGUCUGCUUUUCUCUUCCCUUCCUGCACCUCAGAAUUCAGCCUAGCUGUAGUUGUGGGGCUGCAGGGCCCCAAACUAGCGUGUGAUCCCAAUCAGGCAUUUCCUUUGUCACUCGAUUCCCCAGCUCUUUCCAUUAUUUCCUCUGUGGCUUCCUUGCUAUCUGCUGCCCCCUUCUGGUUUACUGCACGGGACCAUGUGCCUCCGAUCUUUCAGGCUGGGCUGGUUAUGGAGAUGGCCCUAUCUCGGAAAUGAAGCUGUUUCCCUUCUCACCUUCCCACAUUCCCUUGUCCCAGGUAACCUAGCGAUCCAUCCAAGCGGACAGACAGGCACCUUCCAAAUGACCCACACAGCUUGGUCAUGGGUCCCAGGUGCAAAUACUAAUCUUGUGUCAGUGUUUGACCUAAAGAUUGAUUGAGGAAGAGUUUUU